AUCACAAAGAAAAAAGGUGUAGUGAUGCAGAAAAUCCAAAUUAUUUUCUUGGUUUUCUUGUUAUUGUUUGUUGCAGAUUGUGCAGAAGCAAAAGUGUACAUUGUUUAUACUGAAAAUCCUCAACCUAAGGAGUUUCAUAUCAAGACCUUAGCUUCUGUUCUUGGCAGUGAGGAUGCUGCAAAGGAGGCUUUGAUUUACAGUUACAAGCACGUGAUCAGUGGGUUCGCGGCCAAGCUGACUCCUGAGCAGGUCUCUGAGCUUGCAAAAAAACCUGGGGUCUUGGAAAUUGUCCCAAGCAGAAUGUACCAUUUAGAUGGACCGAAGCUUAAGUGAAAACCAAUUCUUGUGACUCCAUCGCCAGACCAAUUUACCUUGAUAUGUGUACGUAUAAGCUCGUGAUAUAUGUUUAGCAUUAUAUGAUAUGCAUACAUAAAGGGAAGUUUGUUCCGCGAGUGCAAACUUGGUGAUGUGACUCUUGUUUAAAUAAAUGAAAGCAAAAUGUGUUCAACAUGUGAUACAAAACAUAGUACAUAGACGUUUCCUUCUGACAUCUAUGCCCUCCAACUUUGGAUAGUAUUUAAACUUAGAACAAAUAGACGCACAUAUUCUACUCGGAGAGUUACAAUAGAGAAAUGCAUGUAUGAUUAACUC